CCCCGGCACGGCUCCCGUCACUCCGUCCCUCUUCCCCUUGCAGGCCGGGCGAAGGCGCCGCCGGGAGUGCAGCGGGGCCGGGCCGGCCCCAGGGCGGCGGGCGCGGCGAGGCGGAGGAGGAGGGCAGCGGAGCCCGGCAGGAACAAGGCCACGGUCAAGGGCAGGGUCGUGAAGUCGGCGAUAGAGGAGUACCAUAAGAAGAAGCCUGUGAAUCACUUGAGAGAAAACCUGAAGUACAUGUUAAAGGGACGAGUCGUUGCAGACAAAGCUGUCGCAGAACAAAUUCUUGCUCAGAACAGAGGCAGGAAGUCCAAAGAUCAGCCUCCAGAGAAGAGAGAAAAGAAGGAGCCCGAAGGCACCGUGUUUACUGAGGAAGAUUUCCGUAAAUUUGAGAGGGAAUACUUUGGAGUCCCAUAAACAUCGUGACAGGGAUUCUUGCAGCUCCAGUCUCUCUGCAGCCUCUCCGCUCUGGCUCGCAGGCCUGGGCAUUUCCUUGGUGUGUUUGAGAUGGCAGAUGGGGGAUGUGCCUCUGUGUGGGACUUACAGAGCUGUUCUGCACCUGGGCAGAGCUUGUCACUGGCCAGCUAAAGCCACAGAGGUGCUCUUGGCUCUGAGGUGUGUUAAAAUUAUCUUCCUGCAGCCAGCAUGUCUUGCAUUCUUGAUGUAGAAGGGUGGACCAAGCCAAAUAAAAAUCUUUUUCCCCUUGCUCAGAAUAUAAGGCUGCUGCUACCUGUGUUGUUUGGCAGGAGGCAUUGAAAGUAUUGUGUCUGAAUGGAAAAAUGUUUUGGACCAGCAUUAAGAAGGAAAGGAUGCUUUGAAAGACUGUUAAACUUGAGUAACCCUGCAGUUUGGGUUCUUAUUACAGCCCCUGCCAGGUCUGUCAGUCAUUGCAAAAACUUUUCAUAUGUAAUUUGAUUAAAUAAUUGUUGCAGA